GAGCACUGCAGCAGACAUGCCGGGCCUGCUCCACAUCACACUGAUCGCUCUUCUGGCCAGCUGUGAUGCCUUCAGACUGGGUUCGUCCCAGCGUGUCAUACCCCUCAGUCCCCCUGCGGCCCGUCUGUUCCAGGAUGAAAACCCAGCCCUGCCUCAGUUCAUCCAGGAAUUAGUCAGAACCAAACGCCACAUGGUCCAUGAGUUAGUGCGAGCCCAGCCUCAUUUGGUUCACGACAUGGGCUGGCCCGAGAUUCAUGAAAUAUCCCGUUCCCAGGCCCAGACGGACUCAGCGAACGCCUCACAGUUAAACCCAUCGUCCUCUGCAGGUCAGGACGUAGCCAGGGCCGCACCCGCCGUGGAUGAAAACCUGGAUGUGGAAGACGAGAUGGAGCGUAUGGUUCAUCUGGUGGCGCCGCAGGAUGCAGAAAGAUACAGGGGACAGCCGGACGCCGCCGACCCAGAGACGGAGCUCUUAAGUGGGCCAGGAGCUGGCGACGCCUCCCAGGAGGCCUCUGGUUUCUACGGAACGGACAUGGAGGACAGAGACAGAGGAGAGGAGGGAGGAGAGGACCGAGAGAGAAAAGGGGGAGAGGAGGAGUGGGAGAGAGAGGAGGACAGAGAGAGGAGAGGGGGAGACACCAGAGGAGAGGAGGAGGAGGAGGAGAGGACGGAAGGGAUGGACGAUCAAGAUGCUUUAGAGGCCAACCGCACAACGCCGGAUCUGGACGCUCUGAUUGGCUACAGUCCAUCUCUCCACCCCUCCAGCUCCAAGCAGCCCAGCAGCAUCUCCUCCCCAGCUGAGGUGCAUGAUUCUGGGCCACAGGAGCACCGUGCGUCCCCGGUGGGUCCUAUAGAACGAGAGCUGUGGGAGGCAGAGGGGGAGGAAGACGUUCAGUCCAGUGGUUAUGGAGUCUUUCACUCCUCCAUCACUACGACUAGUACGACAUCUACUGCGGCUGCUGCUUCUUCUUCUACUGCUGCUGCUGACGCUUCGGGAACCGCCACCCCUGAGACCGACACUGGCACAGACUUUGGGCUGCUGGAAAGUUACACAACAGAUGAGAAUGAGGAUGAAGACAGAAGGAGGGAGGAAGAAGAGGAAGAGGACGAAACAGGUCUGACACACACAGGUGUAUUCAGCCAGAAUCCCACUGUACCUGAGGUCGGCAUGGCUCCCAGCAGAGAGCCUCUGCAGCCCAGCGUGGAGGAGGAGGAGCAGCUGGAACAGCGAGAACACGAAAUCGAUAUUACGAAAGGUCGAAGUGACAGCGCGGAGGUGGAGGAGGAGACGUGGAAGAAGACGACGAGACUCAGGCACAUCGUCCCGCUCACCACGGGCCCCUCCCCGACCAUCAGCUUCACCGACCCGUCCUGGGAUUGGCUGGAAAAGACCACGCCCCUGCAGGCCAAGAGGUCAGAGGUCAGCGGCGCUGGUGUCACAGCGGUCUUCUUACCGGUCAGUCAUGUCGAUGAGCUGGAGAAGGUAUAUCAGGUGGUGUGUGUGGACUGGAGUGAGCUGGCUGGACGGGGGUACGUCAUCCUCAACAUGACGCAGAACUUGAACUGUGAGGAGUUCCGUGUAGACCAGGGCGUGCGGUUGUUGAGGAUCAUGGAGCAAGUAUUUGCUCGAAGGAUGAAUAGCCCCGAGGGAUCAUGGGUACUCUACCUCAGCAAGCCGACACACCAGCAACACCAGCUGCUGAUGAACGUGGCCUCUGAACAGGGAGUGAUCGCUACCAAGGACGUGCUGGACAUGUUGGGACAGAUCAGGAAGAGUCUGAAUAAGGUCGGCAUCCAGAACUACAGUGCAGCCGGUAGUUGUCCGUCUCGGCCCAGUCAAACACGCAGCGACUACGGCAAGCUGUUUGUGGUUCUGGUGAUCAUCGGCUCCGUCUGCAUGGUCAUCAUCACAUCUGGAUUUAUAUACAUCUGCUGGCAGAGACGUCUGCCUGCAACUAAGACUACGUUUCGUGCCGAGGAGCUUCACUUUGUGGAGAACGGUUGCCACGACAACCCCAUGCUGGACGUGACCAACGACGGCCAGCCCGAGAUGCAGGAGAAGAAGCCGAGCGCCAACGGGCUCGCGGGGGGAGGAGAAGGAGGCAGGGAGGAUGGCAGUCGCUGGCAGGUGUUUGUCAAUCAAGCAGCGACUGAGGAGGAGGAAGAGGAGCAGGACACACAUCUCUGAUGGACAAAGAGGAAGAGGAGACAGGUCAUGAAGGAUGGCCAUCUUUGACAGAUGAUAAGUGGAGCCUAGAGAGGAGAAGAAGAAGAAGAUGAAGAUGACAGCAGAGAAAACAGGAAGUCUUCAAUGGAGAGAGGAUAACAGAGAAGAGGAGAGGAGAAGGAGUUGGUGGGAAGGGGAAGGUAUAAAACCCGAGUCCAGUCAGAGUCGAGCUAGGAUUGAGGAGCACAGCAGGAGGAGUCACUGGUAUCAUCUUAGACACUGAGGUAAACAUCACAGACUUGGAAUUCAUGGAAAGACAAUAAACUUGCCGAUCUCCAAGACGUCGACCUCUGGACUUCAGAUAAUGUCAGAUCCCAUGAAAACACCCCUGUGUAGUGUGCCUUAUGCUUUUAGCUUUUAGCAGUGUGGCUGCACGAGACAAUUUAAACAUGAAA